AUGACCAAAACACGAGCGCCUCUAUUAUGGCGUCAACUACACCAAACCCUCAAUCCUACAUCUCAAUCCCUCCGCACAAGCGCGCAAGCAUGCACAGCUUUGUCCCGUCAUCAUGCACGACCCUUCCACACCACCGAACACCGACCAGCACGCCAAGCACCAUCCCUCCGAGAUGCUGAGCGGCACAAAGUUCCCACUGGGGGCAAAGAUGUAUAUAAACUUAAAAAUGGCUUGAGCGUUGACCGCGAUGGUUUCUGGUGGGGUGCGCUCAGUGCAGAUGUGAACAUUAUGCUCGGAGAGUUCGAGGAAGCCGCGCAUAUCCUCUACGAAAUGUCUAAUGAAAUGAACCUGAUCCCCCCAGGUGUUAAUUUCGCAACCUUCAAGUCUGUCGGCGAGCAGGUGAUCAGGAAGUCGCACUCCGAACUUCCCUCGGCGAAGAGCGUGCGCACAAUCUCAAUAGAUGUCGACGCCGUCUACCGAAUCGCGUUCAUGCUUAUGGUCCUCCCAAAAGGCCAACUUGUUUUGGAAUGGACGCGAAACGCCUGCGCACAAGCCAAAUCCCGCCGUGCCCUCACCGAAGUAGUAAACCGGUACAUUGAAAUACCCGCCAUCGACAUCCACCGCAACAACGAGUGGAUUGCGACAGUGAAGGACUUCGCCCUGGUAGACGGUUACCCACAGGCGAUCAUGCUAUACGCGAAGAUCCUCACGUGGCGUGGCGAAACCGCCCAGGCUGCCAGUCUCAUGGAAAAGGAGAUCCUACCCUAUAUCUCGCCCGUGGCUAGGAAGCCCGUCGUAUGGAAAGACCUGACGUUAUAUGGGACUAUGGAUUCGCCGCUGCGGCUGUACAGCCUUGCUAUUGCCGAUACAAAGGGGAUCGCUGCUGCUGCGGAGCUGGUGCGGCGAGCGGCGAUCGAGUACGCGGAGCCAAUUGCGUUGACAGAGAUUGCUAUUGCGCAGCUGGAAACGAAUAACUUUGAGAAAUACGAGGAGUACAUGACCAUGGCGGCGUCGGCGGGGUACGGCAAUGCUUGCUACCACCUUGCGAACUACUACUAUCGAGUUUCGACGGGCGAGUUCGCGUCGGCCGAGGAGGAAGCAGUAAAGAGGAAGCAGGCUAGGAGUGCUGAGGGUGCGGGCUUGUUCGGCUCACUUGAUGGUAUCCGGGAGUGGGCUGGUUCCUUGGUCCACAAGCCUUUGACUCGCAAAGACUAUCUCAAGCUUGCGAGUGAGUGGUACAAUGUUGCUUUUGCAACGGGUGUCUCGAAUGCUGGGUUCAUCUUGGCUCUGAUUUCUCGUAACGCUGGCGAUCUCGAGGAGUCACGCAUGAUGUAUGACGCAGUUCCCCAAGAGAAUCUUCUCAAAUAUUUGCCGGCAAAGGCUCUUCGAGAAUUGGAUACCAGGUGGGAUGACCCGACAUUUGAACCUGGUCUACCGCCUAAGCUCUUGAGACUUGGUUGA